AUGGCCGACGCCAACUUACAUAGGGAGGUGCAGACGACUGCCUUCAAGUUGAUUGCUACUCCGGCAUCUCAAUGGCGCAGUCCGCUCGGGCCAUUUGAUGGCAGAUCUGCCGUCGAUGCGGAAGACGAUUGCAACAUCAUCACCACCCCGUUCGACAAAUGGGUACCGGAGUUUCCAAGGAUUGCAGGCCGGGAAGUCGUGACGUAUCAAGACGGCCUGUGGGGUCCUCAAGAGUAUACACGUUGGCCUCAGGUCUUCAACGAGGCGGUCUUCCAUCACGCGUGCAUCCCGACGCCGGGUUCACCGUACGCACCGAGUGUUCAGGUUUACGAAGGCUUCGGGUACCGCCCGUGGACGGAAUCAAAGUCGUGUGGCGUACACGGGUUCGGUUUCUUAAACACCGAUCUUGUAGAAGAGUUGUUCAGGAUCGCCCGCGAAGUGCUCGUGCGUUACAAUGACGCCGAGACAUCCGCUAUUGCAGCUGCCUGCCUCGAGCGCCCCGCUGCAACCCUACGCCUUGGGCGAAUGCUGGGGUUGCUGCUGCGCAAUGCAGUUGAUCGCCUUCGAAAGGUCCCGACCACCGAGCAUCAUGCACUCGUCACGGGCCGGAUGGCUCACAGAAUCAUCCUCGAGAUCUGCGGGCUCACGAUCUACUAUACCGUCGUCCUGGAACGCAUGCGCAGCGUCAAGAACUGGUCCCAUCAACCUCUCGCGGUCCUCGGCGCGUUCAUUCGCAAUAGCGCCACGGCCCAGCUAUUCUUUCGGGUUGGCAUCCCCUUCUGGCUCAUUCAACCUUGGAGAGAGGGUCUCAUGAUCCGUGACGUGGUGCUGUCGCGACCCUGGGCCUCUUCGCUCAACAACACACCUGCUUCGCCCCGCAUUCCGAAGAGCUGGUACGAUCCGGACGGCACACAUCAAGAUCCCAGUCGUUGGACACACGCUUCCGUGAUUUUCGUCUGCAAUACUCUUUGCUCUUCGUCUUUGCCUCAACUGCCGACAAUUGUUCGACCGGCCACUGCCGAGCGAGAGGCGAAGCGCUUCAAGGGGAACGACAUCAUGCCAAUGUUGCCACCAGCGCAAUCAUCCCAUGCGUCUGGUCACAACGCGAAGAAACGCGGGAAACGCGCUCGUGGCACGCGCUCUGGGGCGAACGUCGUCUCAACCCAUCCCGCCACCCACUUUCAGCCACCCCCGAGGAACGUGUACUACCUCCCUCCUCCCUUUAUCAUCCUCGACGCCGACCAGCAUAAAGCACGGUACAUCCACAACUACGUGCGUAUCCGAGACUUUCUGCGCCACCGGUUGGUCGACGCCCACGUUUCUGGUCACCCAUUGCGGAUCUCAGAAUGGCGCCACGUUCUCUACGGCGACUAUCCGGUUGCCGAAUUGCAGACUAAGCACCAGGGUGAUACCAUUGAAGGGGAAGGCACGAGUCAGUGUGCACCGCGUAAUGGCCUGCAGAUCCUGCGAGCAGAACGGCGGGCGGCUGUCGGCGCCCUGUGUGGCAAAGUCGGCGGAUUGCUGCCAUAUGAUGCGGCCGAGGUCGUGCAGUACCGUGGGAUAGCAGUGGAUAUGGUCGCGGCGAGUCUGAACCGGGAACUGUUACGAUGGGUCACUUGGGAGUUACACGAGGUCAAUUGGCGGUGCGAACUGCGCGCGCUCGACAACCGUCUCGUCAACCACAGCCAGGAUGCCUUUGCCAAAUGGGAGCGCGAACAGCUCAUCGCGGAUGUGUGGCGAGGCCGUACGGGGGAAUCGGGCUUCUCUGCCGUUGUAGUGGACUCGUCGUUCGCCUGCUGGACCCCCGCUGGGGAGGACGGCUGGCGAGAGCGCCGCGCGAAUCUGCGCGCAUUCGUCUCACUGAUGAGCGUGUGGCCGGACUUCCCUCCUGCCCUGCGAGGGACGAUGACGGACAUCGCCCAAUGCGAGAACAGUUACGAGUUCAAGCAAACUGAGGCUGCCGCGAUCCAGUUCUAUGUAACGACCUUCACUUCUACUUUCUACCGUCUCCCCUGCCCGCCCGUGGUUCCAGUAGUGUAG